AUGGAUAUUCUUCUUGCAUGUUUCGUUGUACUUCUGUUAUUCAUCUUCUACGCGGAAUUCGAGAUCGCGCAAAUGGAAAACGAGGAACCUAUCUUCCCAGACACGGAUGUUGUUUAUACAAUCGAGCAACAAACGCUGAUGGAACAAUUCGAUGGGUUGCCUGAAAACGGUUCACAUCCGGUUCCAUCAGCAUCGACUAUCUAUCAAAAUAGAACUUAUUGA